UGAUCUAUUCAACAAGAUGUAAAUUGUUUUGCACUUUUCUUUAAAUGUUGACAAUAUGGUGCAGAUCAUAAACAACAACACACGGAAAUAUCAGGAAAUAAUUUAGGGGACAACCAAACAUUUUCAUGCAUGUCAUUUUUAGAUUUUGUUCUAUUUUUAAGUGUAAAUAAAACCUUUAUUGUUGAUUUCUUCUAAUACAGUCAAUAAGUUCAGUUGAACUAAAGUUAGUUAAUCACUUUUGAACUAAAUGACUUUUGUCUCCCUGGGGGGGUCGAGGUGUUUGAUCCUCCGGAUUAAGGAAUAAUAAACGUGUUGUUAUCAGUAGCUUCACCUCGGCCUCCAGGGAGCCGCCGUCCACUGGUUCCACUGGUUCCACUGGUUCCACUGGUCCAACUGGUUCCACUGGCGAGCAGUGAAUGCCCAUGACGUCAUCGUGACGUCAUCGCGGAGAGUCAGGACGGAAGAGGAAAUGUCCUUCACGGCUGCGGGCCUUUCUCUCCUGAGGCGCGGGGCCGAGCGGGCGGGGGGCCCGAUGGCGGCCCGCGGGUCCUUCAGGCUCCGGCGGCUCCUCGCCUCCGUCAUGGCGGAUUCCCAGAGAGCAGCGCGGCGGCCUCGCCUGCGUCCCGCCCUCGCCGUGUGCACGGCGGCGCUGCUGGUCCUCUUCAGCCAAGCGCUGAGAGACGGACGGCGAGACGUGAGACACAGAAGAGACGUCCUGGACUCCACAGAAGUCCCAGCGGAGCACUUGGACCCGGCUGCCAUCGACCUCACCCCCCUGGUCAAUACUUUAGUGAACGCGAGCCAGUCGGGCUCCCGGCAGCUCUUCUCCCUCCUCAGCGUGACGUCCUACAGCUCUCUGGCUCUGCAUAAGCUCACCCUGCUGCUCUACAACAUAUCAAGCAUCAGAAGCCUGGAGAGCAACAAGUUCAGGAGAAGGUUCUGCUACUGUGUCACCAACGAGACCAACGACCUCACAGACUUCACGGCCAUCCUGCUGGACGUGAUGGGAAACUCUACCAGUUACCUUCAAGAGCUCUUUAAAUCCGCCUCCAUAUUAUCAGUAAGCCAGAGGAACCAUUCAGACUGUAUCUACAUCUGUGUGAUGGCAGGUAAGACGGGCAGAGAGGAGCCCCGUCUGUGGGAGGAGGGCUCCAUCACGCCGCUCUUCAACCAGACCAUCGUGGAAGGACCCCACAGAGUAGGAAACGUGUCCUCCUUCAGGCUCCCCGUCAGAUGGAUCGAGCUGCCUUCCAAUGGGACACAAACAUCUCCAUCUGGGAUGAGCUCCAGCCGAGUCCACUCCACCGCACACGUUUCACCAGCUGCUCCGUCAGAGAAAAGGAAGACCAGCGACCAACAGCCAGCGACCUUCACGCUUCACGGUCAAACCAGGGCGGAGACACCACAGAGAGGUCCAGGAGGAGGGGCCAUCUCACAGCCAAUCACAGCAGCCCCACCCACCUCCACACUGAGGGUCACUACUGCCUCUGGAGCAGCAGGUCCAACCCUGGCCAAGUACAACCACCCAGAGAUCCUCAGCAGACCCUACGGUGGACCGAAAGACUAAAGGAGCUCCAAACUGGAUAACUACAACAGCCAGCAAGUCUGUGGAAAAACAAAAACCAGGUUGUCCAUGGAGGAGGCCCGAGCUGACCGACGCCUCCACCUCCUCCACCUCCACAGUCGGCGCUCACAAGCUGCAGCCCUGCGUCCUGGAGCUCUGCAAGUUCUUCUCUCAGUGCCUCUGCAGACCCUCAGGCCACAGGACGCCCAUCAAAAGAUACUGUGAGGACCACCUGUGGUACGAGAAGCACACGCUGGAGGUGUGUCGGCGCGUCCGCAGAGUCUCCUUCUCCAGAAGUAAAUCUGCUGUUGGUCAAGUGGUCCUGGUUAGCUGCUGAUAGAUGCUGCAGGUGUUAGUAGAAAGGUGGACGGCGUGUUUGUGAUCUUUGGGGCUUGCAGGUCUUCUGGGUUUCGAGGUGACCUUCGACCCCCUGAGAUGACCUCAUUUACCUGCUGGUGACCCUCCUCUCCUCCUCCUCCUCAGAUCUGAAGCAGAGAUGCCUGACGAAGAUGUGCGGCAAACUGUGACGAGGGAGAAACAAGGAGCUCUUCAUCUCCACAGGAAGUGGACCUUCUGCAACAUGUGGAGGACGUGUGCGAACACACCUGGUGUCUAAAUGUGCACGGUUUCAGCGCGGGAGUUGUAUAAUCUGAGCAGUGAUGUGAUGUUAGUUUUUAGGGCCAAAGAGGACCAGAUGUUCCACUGAGACUUAAAUAAAUAUAAUUAUUAUAUUAAAUAUUCAUAUCAAAUGUAAGAAACUUCUCAAAUCAACAGAAGGUUUUGUUCUUUGGAAAAAAGUCUGGAAUUAAAAGAGAAAAGUUCCAUUCAGUUUAAUAAAAGUUGGGUUAAUUUUCCCAGCUGCCCCGGC